GGCUGUUGUUGUUGUUGUUUACCCACAACUGUCAGUUGGACCGAGCGGACGGACGUCUACAGGAUCCCAAAGAUGGCGGCUACUGGAGGAAGAGGAGAUGGCGAGAAGGAGAGAGGAAAGAAGAUGAAGAGAGAAGAGGAGGACGAGGAGGAGGAGAAGAGAGGAGAUGAGAGGAAGAAGAAAGAGGUGAGCGAGGAGCUGAAGAGAGGAAAGAAGAGGAAGAGAGAAGAGAGCGAGGAGGUGGAGAAGGAGAGAGGAGCGAAGAGGAAGAGAGAAGAGGAGCGCGAGGAGGAGGAGAAGAGAGGAGAUGAGAGGAAGAAGAAAGAGGUGAGCGAGGAGCUGAAGAGAGGAAAGAAGAGGAAGAGAGAAGAGAGCGAGGAGGUGGAGAAGGAGAGAGGAGCGAAGAGGAAGAGAGAAGAGGAGCACGAGGAGGAGGAGAAGAGAGAAGAGGAGAGGAAGAAGGAAGAUGAGAGCAAGGAGGGGAAGAGAGGGAAGAAGAGGAAGAGAGAAGAGGAGAUCGAAGAGGAGGAGAAGAGAGGGAAGAAGAGGAAGAGAGAAGAGGAGGAAAAGAGAGGAGAGGAGAGGAAGAAGGAAAAGGAGAGCGAGGAGGAGGAAAAGAAGAGGAGAGGAGAGGAUGCCAGAGUAUUGGAAGAUGAGGAGUCAAGACCAGGCACCAGUCAGGCCCCCGGAACAUCAAGCAAAUACCCCAAAUUUAACAUCAAACACCUUACUGUCCAUCAGGUAUUGGGUAGGGGCAGCUUUGGAGUGGUGGGCCUGGCAUCAGUCCCCGGCCGAAACAACUAUGUCGCCAUCAAAGGUAUCACCAAAACAGCGGACAAUGCAGCAAUCCUACAGAGAGAGCGACGGAUACUCCUGCUGGCCCGAGACUGCCCGUUCCUGUGUCACCUGUAUGCUGCACAGCAGUCUCAGGACCAUGCCUUCUUCAUCACCGAGUACCUGUCCGGCGGCAGCUUGGAGGCUUUACUCAGAGUGUACAGCAGUCUAAACAUCGAAAUAGUAAGAUUCUUCACAGCAGAGAUUGCAUGUGGCCUCCAUUUCCUUCACAGACAGAACAUCGUCCACCGAGAUAUCAAGCCAGAUAACAUCAUGCUGGAUCGAGAUGGACACAUCUGCAUCAUAGACCUCGGACUUGCCCAAGAUGGCGUCACCUCCUCCAACAAGAUCCAAGGAGUGACGGGCACAUUACUUUACAUGGCCCCAGAGGUGCUCCAGAGGAAGAGUUACCAUGCAGCGGUUGACUGGUGGAGCCUGGGGAUUGUUGUAUCCCGGAUGUCAGCAGGACGUUCCCCAUUCUACUUUGGCUGCAACAGAGAAAUGGCUCGCGAUUCCAUCACCAGAGAGAAGCCUAAUAUUCCAUCUUGGCUCCCUGCUGACCUGAAACAUCUGAUCCAACAACUGCUGCACAAGAAUCCUGAGAAGCGGCUGGGUGUGAACAGGAACAUCAGAGAACAUCCAUUCUUCUCCACCAUCAACUGGGAGGAACUGGAGCAGAAGAGAGCACAGCCGCCAUUUACACCAUCCGAGGCAGCUCUGAAGAAGGGAGACCUGCGGUGGUCAGAGGUAGAGACAGCUCUUCACCCCUUGGAAGGAUUCUCCUUCAUAGCUCCAAGCUGGGAAUGGUAAGAUCAGCCCACGGCCCAGCUCUGUACCAUCUGAGCGCUGUACCCAGGAGCGGCCUGUGCUUGUAACACCUCAGCACAGACCUGGUAAGUAUCACACAUCAUCACACAUACAUUAGGAUCACACACAUACAGGUAGAUAGAAAUAUACACACAGGUACAUAUAUAGAUAGUAUAGACACAUACACACAGACACACACACAACAGAUAGUGGUAGAUAUCGGCUCUGAUCCUGGGACUUGUUCCGAUCGCCAUAUUUGGGGUCAGGAAGGAAUUUUUCCCCUUUGAGGACAAUUGGCUUAUUCCUCAAGGUUUUUUUUGCCUUCCUUGGGAUCAUCUCAGCCAUAAAUAGGUCAAGUAUGAUAAAUCUUUAAUUUAUUACUAAAUAUUCCCACAAAUAAAAUAAUAUAAAAAUAAAUUAUAAAAAAAAGGUAUAGCAUAUAAAGUAUUUAUAACAUAUAGUUUUCCAUAUUAGAUAGGUCAGGUACUGGCUUUUGAUCCUGGGACUUGUUCCGAUCGCCAUAUUUGGGGUCAGGAAGAAAUUUUCCCCCCUUACAUAAGGAUAAUUGGCUCUUUCCUCAAGGGGGUUUUCGUCUUCCUUUGGAUCAACACAGUAUAUAAAAAUGCUUUACCUAUACAUUUAUAUUUCACACAUAGCAAAAUAGAACAUAACACACAUUUCUAUGCCUCGCAGUAUCCCCAGUAUACCCCUCCUAUAAAUAAAAAGUCCU